CGAACUUUUUUUUGCGGGGAGAUAGAGAGAGAUCGUCUCUUCUUCUUCUUCUCUGUGCCCCUCCUCCGAAUACGAACAAUGCGUGCUCGAAAACGCCCUCGCAGAGCUUCAGCGGACGAUGUCCCGCACCGCAACGACACGAGCAACCGUGGUGGUGGAUCGCCUCAAGACGAUCAUGAGUUUUGUCGGAGCUCUUCAUCCAGGGACUUGGACAAGGACGGGUAUGAGUGGUCUCCCUUUGUCUCUCUUUCUGGGCAUUCUCUGUUUCAUCUAAAUGCGCUUUAUGUUCAGGUGGAAUUGGCUGAAAUAAGGGAAAAAGUGCAAUGCCCGAUAUGUCUAGGAAUCAUACGGAAUACAAGGGCAGUAAAGGAAUGUCUACACCGUUUCUGCCAAGAAUGCAUUGCCAAAUAUAUGCUGCUCAGGAGUAAUGAAUGCCCUGCUUGCCGCACACAUUGUGGCAGUAAUUCUCUCCGUGCUGAUCCAAGAUAUGAUGCUCUGAUAGAAGCUUUUUAUCCUGAUUUUGGCAAGUCUAAGAUGGUUUCCAGCUUUCAUCUUUUGUCUCUUGAAGAUUCGAUGAGGUCCAAACCACUGGAUACGUCCACCGUUCCCAGUGUAAAUAGACAGAACCAAUUGGAAGGGACUACCAAUGCCAUUACUCAAACUCCAUCAAUUGCAGUGAAGACUAAUAGCCCUUUUCCUCCCAAGACUAAGAAAACCAAGGAUCAUUCCUCUCCAGGCCCUCUGUCCGAAUCAUCUCAUAACACCCGCACCAAGGGCGCUAGCAAGAAACGUUCAACCGCUUUGCCUACUGUAAAAACACAGAAGGAUGAAAGGUCCGCCCAGACAAAAUGCAGGAGGCUAGUUUUGGCUUUGGCUUCGGCGCCCACCACGGAAUUGGGUCACGGAACUGCUGUCGCCCAAUCUCCAUCCACUGAUGUUAUGGGCGCUCUGGUCAGUAUCAACGACAUCUUAGUCAAUAAACAAGAAAUGUCCAAUGCCCAAAUUUUCAGCUCUGCCGAUCAGGAUACUGCCCAGGCCAUCGAUAUGACUACAAUUACCAAUACCAUAAUUGGUACUAACUCUGGACAAGAAAUCAUCACCUCCAGGAGCAUCACUGCUUCUGACAUUCCCACUGAUGAUCAUGACCAUCCCCAAAGAAUGAGUAAUCGAAGGCAAGAUGAUCAACCUGCGAUUUCUGACUCGCUCAUGGGAUCAGCUAUUCUAUCAGACACUCGAUCAACACCUCCUUUGACUGCCGCUGACAACGCUCCACCUCUGGCAGACUCUGCUGCUGGCAAUGAACCUGUAGAAACAGUGCUGGCGGGGUCUGCAAUAGCCGAGGGAUUGGCCAUGACUAAUGUCAAUCCUUCUGAUCCGACUUCGGCCGCCAUAUCAGAACUAGCAGCCAUUCCAUCUUCUGUGUCGCCUUCUGUUCAGCUCAGCGGCAGAGUACUUACUUCAACGAUUCCGGGAUCCUCAACGGAAGUAAACGAGGAAUUAAUAUCUCUUACUAAACAAUAUCAGGCGCUGAGCAACAAUGAUGCCCGGCUUCUCGAGGAAGUAGUAAUGUUAAAAGUGCAACUAGCAGAAGCUGCGCACUGCGGUACUGUCAAUAGACUUCGCAUGACCCAAGUUUGGCAAGACCUCAAGGAAUUCAGAGACUACAGCUCAGGCUGGGAUCACCAACAUUCGUUCGAGGUGCAAUACCUCUCUAAGCUCAUGACGGCAUUUAGUGACUCCAUUGAGAAAUUCCUUGACACCCUUUAG